CUCAAGAGAAUGCAAUAUAAUUGGUGUUUCAUUAACAUCUGAGUUAAGCCUACUUAAUCGACCAACUAAGCACUUUAAACUGACUAAUCAAACUACCAAAAACACUUCAAUUGUGCAAUAAGGGCAAAGAUAUUAUUGAUUUUAAAACCGUUCCCUCCCCCCAAAUAUGCAGGUUUAAAAAGCGGGGUUAAAUAAUGUUUUUGUCCUCGGGUUUGUCGUCCUCUCUCGGAAUAUCCCGGUCUACAGCAACGCCAUUUCCGGUCCCAUGUAGCCUACGUCUGUUUAGGGCAGUUAACUGCCUCCGGAACGAGGAGAAUAAGGAAAGGAGAAGAACAACAAAAACGACGGAGACAAGGAGGAUAGAUAUUGAGGUUUGACAAAGAAUUUAAAAAAGCAAUAUCCGAAACACUUGAAGGAAGCGGGUAUCAUUCUGUCGAAAGACCCGCCCUCUCCCGCCGCUAAACCCAUUUAACUAAAGUCCCGCCCUCUGGUGACUCAACGCACAUUUGGAGGAUCUAUUCCCGGGCGGCUAUAUUUUUUACGUAGGAUAAGUCUUGGAUUCUCGCCUCUGAUUGGUUAGAUGGGCCCCCCUUUAGAUCGUGUUUCGAUGAGUCCUAGCUGUUUGUGGGAGUUUAGGGUCAGGGUUAUGUUUAUAGUUAGGGUUAGGGUUAACCCUUACCCUAGCCCUAACCGUAACCAUAACCAAUCGGAAGAGAGCCCUUCUAACCAAUCAGAGGCGAGAAUCCUAGACUUAUCCUACGAAAAAGAAUAUCGCUCCCGGGCGGACCUUCAUGAGCCUGGGCCACGCCCCUCUGACCAGGCUGCGUUCCGAUCUUUGAUCGCACCGAUAAAUCCUAUCAUCAGGUUAAGACGUCUGCUAGGUAACCACCUGGCUACUGUUUAUUCUCCCGACUUUUUAAAUUCCUCCUGGCACUAAAUCAUCUUCCCUGUGCUUUUUUUAAUGGAUUUAACAUUUUUUUAACCGAAUAAACCGUGACUUUUUAUCCAUUUGAAUUUCGUCUUCUUUUUGGACACCUGUCGGCAUUAUGGAUUACAUGGAUGAACUUUUCCUCACAACACAUGAAUUAAGAUUUCAAACAGAAUUCUAAUAACCACUAAGAGACCCGACCAGCCUCUCUCCUCGGACCCGGGAUGGAGCACCGGCCCCGGCUCUGCUUCCUCUCCACGGGGGGCCCUAACCCGAACCCGGGAUUCGGCUUCCACUUGCGGGGCGAGCGGACCCGGGGCGGCCAGUGGAUCCGGAGGGUCGAGCCCGGGUCGUGUGCCGAGCUCUCGGGGCUGCGAGCGGGCGACCGAGUGGUGGAGGUGAACGGAGAGAACGUGGAGCGGGAUACCCACCACCAGGUGGUGGAUCGUAUCCAGGCGGGUGUGCAUAGGACCCGCCUGCUGGUGAUUGACAGGGAGACCGACGAGUAUCUGCGGAGCCUCAAUCUGCCCUGCACCGAGGACCUGGCGCGGCCGACCGAGGCGUCGCCACCCCCAGCGCGGGGGGAGGAGGAGGCGGAGCUUGUGCCGCGCCUGUGUCACCUGACCAAGCAGGGGGAGGAGCCCGGCUACGGCUUCAACCUCCACAGCGACAAGAUGCGGCGGGGCCAGUUCGUGGGCUCGGUGGACCCUGGCUCCCCCGCCCAGAGGGCCGACGUCAGGGAGGGGGACCGACUACUGCAGGUGAACGGGGCGAGCGUGGCCGGGCUGCGUCACGCGGAGGUGGUGGCUCUGAUCCAGAAGGGCGGCCGAGAGACGAGGCUGCUGCUGGUCGACCUCGACACCGACGAGCUGUUCCUCAACCUGGGGGUGGAGCCCAGCAGCCAACACCUACAGGAAGUGUCCGUGGACGGGCCGGUCAGAAGGAGCCCUUCCCGGGCCCCCUCCCCAGCAGCAGCCCUCCCCAAAGCGGAGCCACCAAUCAUCAACAUCACGGUGACCGACUCACCAAUCAAAAGCAGCUCCCCUAAGUCCACGACCAAUGGGAGCUGGGCGUCGCAAUCCUCCCGGAGCUCCACCACCCAAUCAGAGCUCAGCAGCUCGGACAUGAGCAUCCAGGUCCCUGACGAGGAUGAGGGGGGGGCCCCGGACCCCUUCCUGGAGCUCGGCCUCCGACUGAGCCCCACCGCAGCCGAGGCCAAAGAGAAGGCUCUGGCCCAGCGGAGCAAGAAGAGAGCGCCCCCUAUGGACUGGGGCAGGAAGUACCAGAUCUUCAGCAACUUCUGAGAGACAUGGAACAGCAACGUGAGGUCCAGAGACACCAUGAGGGCCCCUGUAGACCACCAUGAGGGCCCCUGUAGACCACCAUGAGGGCCCCUGUAGACCACCAUGAGUGUUAGGGUUAGGGCUCCUCUUCCUUUGGAGAGGAGAGUGGAUCAGACUAGCAGGUCUCUCCUUCAUCAACACUGUCACCAAUAAAUCGCUGCGUAAAACAUGCGUCCAGUUGUUUGACAAAACGUGGGAUGGAUCAAUUUGUCUUUGCUUGAAAACGUCAGUACAUGGGGAGUAUAUUAAUGCCCAGGCUCUGUUCCUCCCUACGCACAUCACAGUAGCACAAUGACCUGGAGGAGACCUGAAGAGUUAAUGCUAUGACAACUUCUACACAUGCUUACCCCCAGGAAGGAACAUGAUUUAAUGAUACAGUUCAGGUCCUUUGCUGAAAGUCGGCCGAUACGGUUAUCGUAUCAAAAAAGAGGAUAAUUGGCUCUAAUGGACGUCCAGUCAGUAGGAGGUAGUGUGAGGAGCUCUAGCAGGAUGAGAUGAGACUGUACCAAUGAUAGUCCUCCAUCUUAAGCUUCUGUCCUCAGACCUCCUCACUCUGAACUGAAGGUCUUUACCGUUCUUCUGAUAUCCCCGCUUGCUCUCGCAUAGGCCUCAGAAACAACAACAUCGUCUAGUUUCUUGUAAGGCAGAAAUAAUGCACAAUGUUCCUGUAUGGGCC